UUUAUAUUGAACUAGGUUCAUCAAUAUCGAUUGAUGAAAAACAAGAUGGUCAUAUAUAUGUCUUUUGCUAUACGUAUUUAGCACCUGAGGUCUUGAAAAGUAAAUGUUUCACUCAAGCUGCUGAUAUUAACAGUUUUGGGAUUAUUAUAAUAGAAAUAUUAACAGGCAGAAGGCCUUUCGACGGUUAUAAUUUUGAUGCUGAAUUAGCAGCAAUUAUCUGUCAUGGGUUUAUUAUAAGAACACCAAGAUGGUAUGUUCAAUUGUGCAAACGAU